CGGCGCGCCGCUGAAUUAACUGAUGAGAGCGAGUUCUUUUCUUCUCCGGGAGGAGUGGGGAGCGAGGGUCUUGGCAGGCGAGACGGAGAAGCCCGGGGCAGGAUAGCGGUCCCGGGCCGCCGUGGAAAUUUCCAAGGACUUGGCGCGGCGCGGAGAGCGCGUCUGGGGGGUGCCUGGCGGCGCAGCGGCGCGCGAGGCGGGGAGAGGCGGCGAAGGGCGCAGGAGCAUCUCUCAGAAGGGGACGCCGCCGACCAAAUGUCCAGGAGGGAGCCGAGCAUCUCCCCGGACCCAGGCCGAGGGCGACCGUGAUGCUGCAGAACCGGAGGGAGCGACUCGCCGCCGCCGCUCUCCGCACUCUCGGAGACCCCAGCGCCCGCCUUCUGCAGGGGAAGCGACCAUGGCCAUAGCUCGUGACUUGCCCCCCCGGCCACUUCCCCUAGAAAGAAAUCCUUGAAAAAGUUGCAUUCAAAAAAAAUCCUUGCUCUGACCUUUGGGGCCGUGGGGGCCGAAGAAGUGUGCGUGCGGGUGCAAACAAGAAAUCGAAAGGUGUGUGUGCAUGGGGGGCCGGCGGUGGGGGGACUUUCCGCUGCUACUUCGCCGAGCGUUGUGCUGAGGCUCUGGCCCUCGCCCCCGGGACCCCGGGGCUGCAAUGAGCCCCUGCGGGCGGGCCCGGCGCCACACGUCCAGAGGGGCCAUGGCAGUACUGGCGUGGAAGUUCCCGCGGACCCGGCUGCCGGUGGGAGCCAGUGCCCUCUGCGUCGUGGUCCUCUGUUGGCUCUACAUCUUCCCCGUCUACCGGCUGCCCAACGAGAAGGAGAUCGUGCAGGGGGUGCUGCAACAGGGCACGGCGUGGAGGAGGAACCAGACGGCGGCCAGAGUCUUCAGGAAACAGAUGGAAGACUGCUGUGACCCCGCCCAUCUCUUUGCUAUGACUAAAAUGAAUUCCCCCAUGGGGAAGAGCAUGUGGUAUGAUGGGGAGUUUCUGUACUCAUUCACCAUUGACAAUUCAACUUAUUCUCUCUUCCCCCAGGCAACCCCAUUCCAGCUGCCCUUGAAGAAAUGCGCGGUGGUGGGAAAUGGUGGGAUUCUGAAGAAGAGUGGCUGUGGCCGUCAAAUAGAUGAAGCAAAUUUUGUCAUGCGAUGCAAUCUUCCUCCUUUGUCAAGUGAAUACACUAGAGAUGUUGGAUCCAAAAGUCACUUAGUGACAGCUAACCCCAGCAUAAUUCGGCAAAGGUUUCAGAACUUGCUGUGGUCCAGAAAGACAUUUGUGGACAACAUGAAAAUCUAUAACCACAGUUACAUCUACAUGCCUGCCUUUUCUAUGAAGACAGGAACAGAGCCAUCCCUCCGGGUUUAUUAUACACUGUCAGAUGUCGGUGCCAAUCAGACAGUGCUCUUUGCGAACCCCAACUUUCUGCGUAGCAUUGGGAAGUUCUGGAAAAGUAGGGGAAUCCAUGCCAAGCGCUUGUCCACAGGACUCUUUCUGGUGAGCGCAGCACUGGGCCUCUGUGAAGAGGUGGCCAUCUAUGGCUUCUGGCCCUUCUCUGUAAAUAUGCAUGAGCAGCCCAUCAGCCACCACUACUACGACAACGUCUUGCCCUUUUCUGGCUUCCAUGCCAUGCCGGAGGAAUUUCUCCAACUCUGGUAUCUUCAUAAAAUCGGUGCACUGAGAAUGCAGCUAGACCCGUGUGAGGAUCCCUCACUCCAGCCCACUUCCUAGGGACAAUGGAAAAGAAAGAACUGAGCCAGGGUAUUUUUGUUAGGUUUUCUACGUGACUCCAAAAGGAAAUGGUCAAGUUGUUUCAUGGAUUUGCGCGGGCCACUUGGAAAGAAAAAAAAAAAACAAGGGAAACUCUACUUUUAUUGUUGGCUUGGAGAACAAAUAAGAAAUGAAACGUCCUAUGAAAUAUUUUUAGCACAUCGUGGAUUUGCAACUAGUAACAUGCUGAUGAAAAGAUCUUGGUAAAGCACAUGUACAUGGUUCAAAUCUAGAACAUGCAGUUCAAAGUAAGAUGGAACUCUAGUUAUUGAAGAUGAGGAACUAAUCAAAGUAGGAUAAGGAAAUGCCAGGGCAAAAGUAUUAGUGAUUAUCAACACAGAAUGGCUUAAUUGGAAAACAAGUCUUACUAAGACUGACAUUAGAACCAUAGCUUUUAAAAAAAUUAUUAUUUAUUUUUGCCCUAUUUAGGGGCAGUGAAUGGUUGAUGGGGUAGAUUUAAAAAAUCUCUUACUGAGUAAUAAGGAUAUAAAACACUACAGCUGAUUAUUGUGAUUUGUUGAACCAAGUCUAUGUUAACUCUGGUCUCCCUCCAUUUUUAAAAUGUUAAAUAAGAAUUGCUUCUUCCCCUUUUGUCACGUCUUCUUGGACAAUGUGAAGCAUUGUUGAAUUUAGACUGUGUUGUUCAUAGUCUGGGUAACACGAGCCACUUUCCCUCCUUCUCAGAAUUUGGGGUAUAAAUCCAAUUUUUAGGUCUGUGUCAUGUAAGCCUGUUUGCGUUGUUAUUAUUAUUUUAGUGCAAAAAGACUGCAGAUGUUAGUGCAUUAUUUAUUUGCAAAUUGGCGUAAUGGUCAUAAUUUAAUGUUCAGAGAUGAAAUAAAGCACAAUUUCUAAAUGAAAUUGAAUAUUGAGGUUAUUAUAGAAAUCAGCAGUUAAAAUGUGACUGAUUGACAUGACAGAUUAUAUUGAUACUUUGAAAGUUAAGAAUUUGAGAGUGUCAAUUCUGUACAGAACUGAUUUGCUAUUUUGAUCCUAUUUAGCAGCAAAAAUGCAAUGAGAAUGUACUAUGAGUGAGUUAUGUUCAAUAUUCACUGUAUGUGCAACCCUGAAUAUAUUUCCUCUCUUGAGCUAUUUUAUUAUUUAACAAUUACCUUAAAAAGGAAUACAUUUUUACCUAUACAGUUCAUCAGAAAUGUGAAAGGGCUAACAAAAAACACAAACAAAUGUUAUUAAAAUAUGUGCCACUCAAAUUAGUGCUUUAAUCGUUAAAAUGUAAUUAAUGCACUGCAUAAAACCCCUGUAUCAUGGUUCUAUUGAAAAUGCUAUCUGGAAACUUUACAUCUUGUUAUGAUUUCUGGGAUAGGUUUAUGCAAUAGAUGUGUACAAUGUUUAGUCUAUAAAUUUGUGGCUUCUGAAAGACAAAACAGAAAUGGCUCCAACUAAUAAUAUUUGAUUAGACCAGUGCUUCUCAUCUAGGGCGAUUCUGGUGAUAUUUGGUGAUGUCUGGAGACAUUUUUGAUUAUCGUGAUUUGGAGGGUGCUACUGGCAUCUACUGAGUAGAGGUAAGGGAUCCUGCUAAACAUCCCAUGGUGCACGGAUCAGCCCCUGCACAACAAGGAAUUACCUAGUCUAAAAUGUCAAUAGUACCAAAGUUGAGAAACUCUGGACUAGACCAAAAGGAAAUUUUGAUUGUUCCACAUUGUCUUCAUUUAAGGAUACACUUACAUGCUCACAUCGUUCAAUGUAUGACUACAAUUUAAUGAAAAUGUUUUCUUAGAGUAGGUUGUAGUUUGACAUUAUUUUACAGCAACAGCUCAUAGGUAUGCCAUACAUGUCCCCUUGUCUGCGGUUAGACAGAUGUAUCUAAACCUGGGGGGGUGGUGUGUGUAUGUCACAUAAAGUUAUGCAUCUUUAUUCUUAUUGAAAUGUAUGUGUUCCUAAAUUAAGAUCUCUCUAAAAUUAUCCUGCAGAGUACUCUGGACUACUCUGUUACUAGAAAGAAGUUCAAUUCUAAACUCACUUUAUUUUAUUUUGUUUAUCUGAAAAGACUUUAGAGUUAGGCCUCAUACUUUACCACAUUUGGUCACUUAUAUUUUAAUAUUACUGACCCUUAAGAUUCAGCUCAGAAGAUAUUCAGGUUACGGCAGGCACAUUGAAUAAGAAAAUAUUCCAUCACUUUCAAAGCACCUGCCAAGAGAGGGCAUUACCCUCUAACAUCAGUCUAAUUUUUAAAUUGCUUUUUAGUAACAAAAAUUAGAUUGCUUUAUGGGGGCAAAAGAGUAGGUGAAGAGACUGAGAAUGAGUACCUGAUGUGACUUUUUAUUUUUAUUAGCUCCAAUUUGAGAAUUGCAUUGAUGCCAAAGAUCAUGAAUACCUCUGUUUAAUUUUAAUUACACUUCAGUAAAAUUAAGAUGGGUAAAAAAGGACUAAGUCAUUCCAUGAGAAAAAAAAGUAAUUUUUUUAUGUGAACGAUUUUUAUAAGCAAGAGGACACUGGAUACAUACAAUUUAUAUAGAGUAUUUGACUAACAGUUUAUACAACAUUGUGCAUCUAAACUGCAAUUAACACAAGAAGUUAAGGCAUACUCCCUGGAUUUUAUUUCUGUUUAGUUCACUUUCAGCUAUUUUAACAAAGGUAAGAAGUAAAUGAUCCAAAAUGAUAGAUGUUCGGACAACACUCUGUAUUUGGUUUUGUGAUGUCUCAUACCCUUCUCUUGGCUAAAAACUUUGUUUAGGUUAAAUAUAAAUUAUACCUGAAGCAAUGGACAACAUGGGUUAAAAACCUGCAUGAAAAAUAACUGAAGAAAUUAUUUGCCAAAAAUAUUCUUCCAUUAGUCAAAAGCUUUCCAGGAGUGUUAUAGAUGAUUCCAAAUGGAAAGGAUACUGAUAAUAUUUCUUCUUGUCAGCAACUGUGGUAGUUUCAUAAUUUUAUUAUAUACAACCUCUUAUUUCUUUGUUUGGAAAUUCAGCCAUCUAUAGUUUUAAUUUUGUAUUUAAAAAUAUUGAACUUGUGAAAUUUUAACUGACAAAUCCUUGUUAGGAGGGACUUAAUGGGAAAAAAUGUCACAGUCCACUGAAAACUGUAGGAAAUUCUUAUUGUGUUGUCUAAAAACUUUCUCACCAGAACCAGGCAAUAUCUGCUCUGUUUGUGGUGUUCUAAAAAUCAAAGCUAUAAGGACUUUGGUGGGAACUUGAGGACAAGUAUGUAGAGGAAUAAGGACUGAGCGCAAUACUGUGCUUUAUAUUUCAUCAUCCCAGUGCAGAGGUCGGCUCUCAGAUUUUAUGACUUUUGGUAGGCGCCCCUCAAGGAUGAGUAAGCAGCUCCCAGGACGAGCAACUUAGCUCAAGGCUCUGACAAAGUCAGCAGUAAUUAUAACUAAAUAGGAGUAGCAAUUUGGGCAACUUUAAUCUGCUGUGUGCUGGGGAGAGGAUGAGGCAAGUGGAAAAGAGGAGAUAACCUUACUCCCAAGCUCUCAGCAUACAAAGGGUAGAAGUCUCUGCCCUUGCCCUUGACUUUCCAGCACUGUCUGUCUCUGUCCACUACCGCAGAAGCUGGCCUGGUUCUAGGGUUGAGCUAGUAGCCUUGUGCCUAGAGAGCUGGUGUGGAAAUUUGCUGAGUACCUUAAAAUUUUAUACUGCCUGAAACAGGUUUGUUUGUUUGUUUGUUUGUUGGCUUAAACUUAUGCUCUCUAAAUUUGUGUGUCCUGUGUCAGAGUUCUGGUCACCCUGAUCUAAUUAUGUCCCUAUAAAAAGUGAAGAUUUUUUCCAUUCAGAUGGAUUUUCUGAGUCCUCGAAGCUAGAGGGAUAUCAAAUAUUCUACCACUUCGUAUAUAGCCUCUUUGAAAGCUCUGGAGACUAACCCAAAGGAAUCCUGAAGCUUAGAGUGUGUGUUUAUAAACUCCUAAAUAUGAGGCCACAGUAUUUAGGUUGAACAAGCGGAAGGAGACAGAGUCAUGGGCUGCACAACGACGUUUUUGGUCAAUGACGGACUGCAUAUAUGACGGUGUUCCCAUAAGAUUACCGCCAUAUAGCCCGGUGUGGAGUAGCCUAUACCAUCUAGGUUUGUGUAAGUAUUCUCUGUGAUGUUCGCACAACAACGAAGUCGCCUAACGAUGCAUUUCUCAGAACGUAUCCCCAUUGUUAAGCGACACAUGACUGUAUAUGAAUCUACAAUUGCUGUAGCCCUUUUUCUUCCUAUCAUAAGAAAAAGAAUACUAGCGACUUUACCCUCAGCCUAGUCUUGACUUUUGAAUUUUUUCACAUACAUCCUAGGCGUGAGGGAUUGAAACAAGUGCAUAAAUGGAAAGCUCAUUCAAACAUCACACAACCUCUGCUCAUCGUUGCAAUAAGGAAAAAAUAUAUGCUUCUAUUUCCUUCUUCUGAUUUUCUUUUUUCUGGUGUCAGCAUUUCUGAUUUCUUCUAUCCCUAACAAAUAAGGAGUAAAUAACAUUAUAAAUUGACUUAUAAUACCUAUGAGCAUUUGUGUGAUAGCCGAAGCCCAUAACUAUAAUUUUUUCGAAGUACUACAAAAGAGGAAUUAUAUUUUGCUUAUGGUCACUCAUUUACCUACCUCCUCUGUGUUCUUAUU